AUGUUGUGUGUCAUUCCUUCGCGGGAUGACGCCGCUGGGCGCAAACUAUUCACUAGCCUUUUGACUUGCUAUCGAAAGCCCAAUCACUUGAAUGCCGGAGCGAGGGCCGUGGGACAAGGCCUCGUCGCCGAUGCGCAAGUCCAAUGCCAACAAAAAAGAAGAAGACGAGAGACGAGAUUGCAGAGCGCAUCACGCCAGCUGGUCGCCUUGCCGCGCGACCGGGACACCAAGCAAUGCUGUGAACCAACUAGUUCGACCCAGCGACCAAAGAUAGCGACCGAUUCCCCACCCGAUGGGUGUAUGUGGCUUUCUUGCGAUGCUUGUCCGGCGUUUGCGCUCUCCCAAAUCCCUGUCAGCGGAAUCGCUGCCAAUCCAGAGGUUAUAGUCGACUGCGCAAAUCGGAUCGCGAGGUUGCACUCGUCGACGGUAGUUGCUCAUCGUGCAGAACCGUGGUCUGAGGGCGGCGGCUAUGCCAUUCUCCCCCCCGUAUGUAGGAGUUCGAGCGCGACGGGACAAGAGAGUUUCGCGGGCAGAGAGCGCAUUGCGAACCGGUUUUUGAUCACCUGUCUGUCCCCUUCGCGGCGGCCGACGGCGGGUGGCGGCUUGUAUCAGAAUUGGGAUGUGCUGUAA